AUGACCCUAAAUUCUUGGUGCAUAAUUGGGACUGCUGCCAUCACUCCAGAAACAUUUAUUAAGCACUUACUGUGUACAGUGCUCAAGACCUGCCAUCUUGUUUCCAUCUUGACAACAAUGAUGCACAGUAGGGGUUGUCAUUCCCUGUUUCAGAGAAGAGUAAAGAACAUCAAAAACUGGGUUGCACCAUUUGCGAUUAAGCAGGGCCCCAAUUCGGUGACCGCUGCGCCGCCAGCCUGGCGCGGGCCGCCUGCAAGACAAUGGCCACGACCUGACGCGCGAGCGCCAGCCCCAGCCCGGGAGUCUCGCCGCUGGCGCUUGACGCACGCCGAGACCCGGGGGCCGUGCCCCAGCUUUGUGGAACCUGAGGGCGGCUCGGGUCAGGUCGGUCCCCGCGAGAGGACAGGCGCGACCCGUCCCUCAGGACCGACGGCGUGUGGCUGCCGGGGCAUGGGGUGCCCCUCUCGGCCCGGCAGCUCCAGCGAGGGGACGCUGCUUUUUAUAGUCUUCAACAACAACCAGUCCCUACAUUUAAGAAGGUUAAUAACUGAGACAACCUUCCUGGUGGAUCCAUCAUUUGGCCCAGCUUGUAGAAAGAUUCCCAACUAGCUCUAAUUAGUUCCAUCUUAUUUGGAGGCAGAGGUAUUCCUCAUCAUACCCAUAUCCUCACAUAAAUUGUCCAGUGCCCUAGGUACCAGGGAGAAAGAAGACGAGGAAAGACAUAUACCAGAAGCACAUUAAUAGGCUGCUGAAAAACUCUGCCGCACUUUCAGAUGACAGGUCACCUACAGACAAAUGAUUCAAGGAUCAACCAAGUUCUGAAAGUUUUCUUUUCUUUUUUUUUUUUUUUUUUGGGAUAGAGUCUCGCUGUGUCACCCAGGCUGGAGUGCAGUGGUGUGAUCUCAGCUCACUGCAACCUCUGCCUCCGGGGUUCAAGAGAUUCUCCUGCCUCAGCCUCCCAAGUAGCUGGGAUUACAGGUGUCUGCCACCAUGCCCGGCUAAUUAUUUUUUGUGUUUUUAGUAGAAACGGGGUUUCACUAUGUUGGCUAGGCUGGUCUUGAACUCCUGACCUCGUGAUCCACUCGCCUCGGCCUCCCAAAGUGCUGGGAUACAGGUGUGAGCCACCACGCCUGGCCAGUUCUUAAUACUGCCAGGAGUGCUUUAGAAGGCUGGGAAUAUGGGGUGAAAGAUUAGACAUCCAAGCUGUUGAAAACCACACAGUUUCAGUAAAUAUAUGCACAAUUUGAAAAAUAUAUUUGCAAAAAUC